ACAUCUCUCUCAACCAUUCAACUACUUGUUCGCUUCCAUCGCCUCUUUCUUCCGAGCAUGGAUGAAAUCGAUGUUCCUUCUCAUUUUCUCUGCCCCAUUUCCUUGCAGCUCAUGAGAGACCCCGUCACGGUGCGCACCGGAAUCACUUACGACAGAGAAAACAUUGAGAGAUGGCUGUUUUCGUGCAAGAACAGGACGUGCCCUGUGACGAAGCAGUCCAUUUUAGAUGCAGAUCUCACGCCAAACCACACGCUUCGACGUCUGAUCCAGGCUUGGUGCACCCUUAACGCCUCGUUUGGGAUCGAGCGUAUUCCGACUCCGAAGCCACCCAUUGAGAGAAUCCAGAUCGCGAAACUCCUCUCCGAAGCAAACCAGUCCCCGCACAACCAUCUUAAAUGCCUCAGAAGGCUUCGAUCCAUCGCUUUCGAAAGCGACAGGAACAGGAUUUAUUUGGAGUCUGCGGGGGCAAUAGAAUUCUUGGCUUCGACCUUGAAGUUUAGCAGUAUAGAAUCGCAAGUCAACUACGAUGAUGAUGAAUGUACCACCGCUAUGGGUAGUGUAGCAGCACUUGAGGUUCUGUACCAUCUAAAUCCUUCAGAAUCUCACGUCAAGAAUCUAGUCAGCAACGAGAGCAUUAAAUUCAUCGAGUCCUUGAUCCAAAUCCUGAGGAGAGGGAACUACCAAUCCCGAGCUUACGCAACAAUAUUACUAAAAUCAGCGUUCGGAGUGGCAGAUCCAACCCAACUGAUCAAUGUGAGAACAGAGUUGUUCGUGGAACUCAUGAGGGUGUUGCGAGAUAAGAUUUCACAGAAAGCUUCAAAGGCAGCACUGAAGCUAUUGGUGGAGCUGAGUCCAUGGGGGAAGAACAGAAUCAAAGCGGUGGAAGGCGGCGUGGUUUUGGUGCUGAUAGAGAUGCUUCUGGAAGCAUCGGAGAGAAGAGCGUGCGAACUGAUUCUCAUAGCGUUGGAUCAACUGUGCGGGUGUGCGGAAGGAAGAGCAGAGUUGGUGAAGCACGGUGCCGGAGUGGCCAUUGUGUCGAAGAAGAUUCUGAGGGUAUCACACAUGGCAACCGAUAGAUGUGUGAAGAUAUUGAGCUCAAUCUGUAGGUACUCGGCGAAUGGGAGGGUGGUUCAGGAAAUGUUGCAGGUGGGUGCGGUUUGUAAGCUGUGUUUAGUGCUUCAGGUGGAAGCAAGCUUGAAGACGAAGGAAAGGGCCAAGGAGGUUCUGAGAUUGCACUCCAGCGUUUGGAGGAAUUCCGCAUGUAUUCCUCCUCCUCUGCUCAAAUCCUAUCCUUCGUCUAAUUAACUCAAAAUCAUGAUUUUUUUUUUUGGGGCAAGUUCAUUCUUUUCCCGCCUUUUUCUUCCCCUUUUUUGUAUACAUGAUAGUACAUGGUGAGAUGAUAAUAAUUUA